AUGGUUUUGGAACGUUUUGGAUGGUGUUGGAUGGUUUUGGACGGCUUUGAAAAAUUAAUAGAAAAAUUAAUAGAAAAAUUAAUAGAAAAAUUAAUAGAAAAAUUAAUAGAAAAAUUAAUAGAAAAAUUAAUAGAAAAAUUAAUAGAAAAAUUAAUAGAAAAAUUAAUAGAAAAAUUAAUAGAAAAAUUAAUAGAAAAAUUAAUAGAAAAAUUAAUAGAAAAAUUAAUAGAAAAAUUAAUAGAAAAAUUAAUAGAAAAAUUAAUAGAAAAAUUAAUAGAAAAAUUAAUAGAAAAAUUAAUAGAAAAAUUAAUAGAAAAAUUAAUAGAAAAAUUAAUAGAAAAAUUAAUAGAAAAAUUAAUAGAAAAAUUAAUAGAAAAAUUAAUAGAAAAAUUAAUAGAAAAAUUAAUAGAAAAAUUAAUAGAAAAAUUAAUAGAAAAAUUAAUAGAAAAAUUAAUAGAAAAAUUAAUAGAAAAAUUAAUAGAAAAAUUAAUAGAAAAAUUAAUAGAAAAAUUAAUAGAAAAAUUAAUAGAAAAAUUAAUAGAAAAAUUAAUAGAAAAAUUAAUAGAAAAAUUAAUAGAAAAAUUAAUAGAAAAAUUAAUAGAAAAAUUAAUAGAAAAAUUAAUAGAAAAAUUAAUAGAAAAAUUAAUAGAAAAAUUAAUAGAAAAAUUAAUAGAAAAAUUAAUAGAAAAAUUAAUAGAAAAAUUAAUAGAAAAAUUAAUAGAAAAAUUAAUAGAAAAAUUAAUAGAAAAAUUAAUAGAAAAAUUAAUAGAAAAAUUAAUAGAAAAAUUAAUAGAAAAAUUAAUAGAAAAAUUAAUAGAAAAAUUAAUAGAAAAAUUAAUAGAAAAAUUAAUAGAAAAAUUAAUAGAAAAAUUAAUAGAAAAAUUAAUAGAAAAAUUAAUAGAAAAAUUAAUAGAAAAAUUAAUAGAAAAAUUAAUAGAAAAAUUAAUAGAAAAAUUAAUAGAAAAAUUAAUAGAAAAAUUAAUAGAAAAAUUAAUAGAAAAAUUAAUAGAAAAAUUAAUAGAAAAAUUAAUAGAAAAAUUAAUAGAAAAAUUAAUAGAAAAAUUAAUAGAAAAAUUAAUAGAAAAAUUAAUAGAAAAAUUAAUAGAAAAAUUAAUAGAAAAAUUAAUAGAAAAAUUAAUAGAAAAAUUAAUAGAAAAAUUAAUAGAAAAAUUAAUAGAAAAAUUAAUAGAAAAAUUAAUAUAA